GAUGGUUUGUCAUAAAUGUAACUUACUACCCAACUUUAACGGCUAUAUAACGAAGUAUUUUAACUCUAUCAUUCGCUUCCCAAUCAAAGUUGCGUCUGGCUUGAACCACUGUUCCUUAAACAUUCUGUCCACAUCAUUCGUUCGAAGUUCGAGAACAUCAGUGGUUGAUACGAUGGGACUUGUAGUUAUUCUUUGUUCAGUUCUGGUAACCUUAUUGACAUUUAUUUAUGUGAUUUUCAAAAUUCAGUACCGGUACUGGAACAAAAGAGGUAUUGCCUGUUUGAAGCCAGUAUUCCCUUUUGGGUCAUUGUAUCAGAAUGGAAAACGGUGUCAUAUAAUGGAUGCUAUUGAGGCGAGCUAUCGAAAAUAUGCGUGGAAGGAACCGGUCGUUGGCGGAUAUUACUUCAAUCAGACGUUUCUACUCAUACUCGACCUUGAUCUUGUUCAUAAAGUGCUCGUCAGAGACUUCAGCAAAUUUCCUGAUCGGGGCUUGUUCUAUAACGAAAAAGAUGAUCCAUUGUCAGCCAAUCUACUCACCCUCUCUGGAUAUAAGUGGAAGGCACUCCGGCUAAAACUAACACCAACUUUCACGUCGACAAAAAUGAGAUUCAUGUACCCAACAAUGUUGGGAGUGAUGGAUCAAUUUGAUCAGACUUUACGGGAGUUACUAAAGACACAAACGGAAAUCGAAAUUAGGGAGCUCUUGGCGAGAUUCACGACAGACGUGAUAGGAUCUUGCGCCUUUGGAAUCGAAUGCAACAGCUUCAAACAUCCCAACACAGAGUUCCGGAGAACCGGACGAACUGCGUUUGAAAAAACCCGAUAUGGACUCAUAGGACGAGCAUUUGUCAGACAAUUUCCGGACUUAUCUCGAAAGCUUGGUUUGAAAAUUAUACCCGACGACGUAAAUGAUUUUUUCAUGCGAGCUGUUCGUGAGACUGUUGAAUUUCGUGAGAAAAAUAAUGUGAGGAGAAAUGAUUUUAUGGAUAUUUUGAUACAACUGAAAAAUGGAAACAAUAUAACUGAAGAAACUAAGAACGGCUCAACCAAAUUAACUUUCGAAGAGCUUGCUGGCCAGGCUUUCAUAUUUUUCCUAGCCGGAUUCGAAACGUCUUCCACAAAUAUGACUUACACUCUCUAUGAGUUGGCCAUGAACACAGAAAUUCAAGAAAGGGCCCGUCGCGAGAUUAACGAAGUAUUGCGGAAACACGGGGGACAACUUACGUACGAUGCUAUGAAGGAAAUGACCUACAUUGAUCGUAUAAAUAAGGAAUCUAUACGGAAGUAUCCUCCAGCCACUGUGCUUCCAAGAAAAUGUCUUUGUGACUAUGAAAUUCCCAAUUCGGAUAUAGUAAUAGAGAAGGGUACCAACGUCAUUAUUUCUACAUUUUCAAUUCAUCGCGACCCUAAUAUUUGGCCGGAUCCGGAAGUUUUCAAUCCAGAGCGUUUCACACCAGAGGAAAUGCAAGGACGCCAUCCUGUAGCAUUUUUGGGAUUUGGUGAUGGUCCCAGAAAUUGCAUUGGAGCAAAAUUUGGACAGAUGCAAUCUCGAAUUGGCAUAGUAUCAUUGCUAAAGAACUACCGGUUCACACCAUGCAAUUGUAGGCGUUCAAGCGAGCGCGAAGUGAACGCCAUGGCAUUUUUGAUUAUCUUUUGUUCUCUACUGGUUACUGUCCUGUCUGGUGUUUACUUGAUUUUCAAACUUCAGUACCGAUAUUGGAUCAAGCGCGGCGUGCCGUGUUUUGCACCAAAAUUUCCGUUUGGUACGUUACGUCUCCAUGGAAAACGACGCCAUCUGAAGGAGACUCUAGAUGACACCUAUCGAGAGUUCAAGCUGAAGGUUCCAUUUGCUGGCAUGUACUUCUUCAGUACACCAGUUCCAUUAAUUCUUGAUCUCGAUUUGAUCCACAAUAUACUCAUUAAAGACUUCUGCAAAUUUCACGAUCGUGGCCUAUAUUAUAAUGAACGAGACGAUCCUUUGUCAGCCAAUUUGCUUACCCUCGAAGGACACAAAUGGAAAACGCUCAGAUCGAAACUAACACCCACUUUUACCUUAGGCAAAAUGAAGUUUAUGUACCCAACAAUAUUGGAAGUGAUGAAUCAAUUCGAACAAACUUUACGAGAGCUGAUAAAAAUACAGGCGGACGUGGAGAUCAAAGACUUAUUGGCGAGGUUCACCACCGACGUUAUAGGGACUUGUGCCUUCGGGAUAGAAUGCAACAGCUUGAAAGAUCCAAAUACCGAAUUUCGAAGAAUGGGGAAAUCUGUCUUUCAAAACAAGCGUCAUGGAGUUUUGGGAAGAGCAUUGAUGACACAACUCCCAGGACUUGCACGAAAACUUGGGGUGAAGGAUGUAGGAGAUGACGUGAGUUACUUUUUCUUGAAAGUUGUUCGAGAAACUAUUGAGUUUCGGGAGAAAAAUAAUGUUCGACGAAAUGAUUUCAUGGACCUCCUAAUACAAUUGAAAAAUGGAAGCAGUAGCCAUGAUGGUGAGGAAAAACUGAGCUUUGAAGAAAUUGCUGCACAGGCUUUCGUAUUUUUCGUGGCUGGGUUUGAAACGUCUUCAAGCAAUAUGACAUACUCUCUUUAUGAAUUGGCCAAGGAUCCGGACAUUCAGGAAAAAGCUCGACGUCAGAUCAAUGAUACUCUUAAAGAACAUGGAGGAGAGUUUACUUACGAUGCGUUGCAGGAAAUGACGUAUAUUGACCAAGUAAUCAAUGAAUCUCUACGAAAGUACCCAGCAGCCAUUCUACUACUAAGAACAGCCAAUUGUGAUUAUCAGGUUCCUAAUUCAGAUAAAGUUAUUGAGAAAGGAACUCGUGUGUUCAUACCUUUAUAUUCGAUUCACCACGACCCGGAUAUCUACCCGAAUCCAGAAAUGUUCGAUCCGGGACGUUUUGCACCAGAGGAAGUGAAGAAACGACACCCAAUGGCAUUCUUAGCUUUCGGAAGUGGACCUCGGAAUUGCAUCGGAGCAAGAUUUGGACGUCUACAAUCUCGUAUUGGAUUAGCAUCAUUACUAAGAAAGUUUCGAUUCAAAACGUGCAGCAAGACACCAGCAGUUCUAGAAUAUUCUUUAACUUCUACGACUUUAGCUCCAGUAGGGGGCAUGUGCUUGAGUGUUGAAGCGAUUGGAUCAUGAACAAUGGAUUUCAAUUAGUUCAAUUUGCUUUUUUGUUGUAAAUAAACGCAUAACAUUUGAAACGA